ACCACCCAGUCUUCCGGUUGGGUCCUUUCAUUUAUGAAAGAACUGAAACUUUAUUCUCUAUCAGAUACCAGCGCGCGCUCAGUUCUGCUCUGUUCUGCUCUGUUCUGCUCUGCAGCAUUAACAAGAUCCAGCAUGACAGCCGUGGGGACCUGGAGCACUGGGAUGUGCGAAUGUUGCGCUGAUGUUGGCACGUGCUGCUGUGCCAUGUGGUGCUUCCCCUGCAUGCAGUGUCAGACGGCCCAGAAGCACGGCUGGUGCUGCGCUAUGCCACUCCUGGAUAUCUGUGGCGUGGUGACCUGCCUUCUCCGUUCUUCUAUCAGAGAGCGCCACCACAUCCCUGGGUCGUGCAUCGACGACUGCUGCAAGUGCAUGUUCUGCUAUCCGUGCGUCUGGUGCCAGAUGCACCGAGAGGUCAAGGUGCGAUCCAAUGCUGGCAGCGCCGUCUGCCACACUGUGGUCACUACUCAGGUCAUCAGGAGUUAAGCUAGUCAGGAGCUAGCAGGCUAUUUCACAUGUUUAAGGAAAUACCUUAAAGGAAUUUUUUAAAUUUUAAUUUUAAUGGUUACUGCUUUAGUUAGUAGAUGAAAGGUUUUUGUUUUGUUUUAUUCCUUCCAGGUUUGUUAAAGAUUUCUGAUACUGGAAAAUGUUAUUAAAAUAGUCUUUGGUUUGACUUAAUGAAUGUUUUUUCUUGCAUACAGAAGAAGAAUUUCAUUUGAAAACAUGUUUAAAUUUUUUUUUGUCAAUGUAGCAUGCACGCUACUGUUUAGUUAGAAAAAUAUGCUCUUAUUGUAUCUGGAAACCGUUGAAAAUGAGUCUGUUUUGACACUUUCAUGUACAUUGAAAACCUUUUGGAAAAAUAUUUCCUAACAUAGAACUCUUUGAAAAAGCA